AUGCAAAGCUCUACUUGCUUUACUUGCCGGUUGGUCUGCCGCACUCGUCUCCGACAACGUCUAGUCGAGCUCCAGAAUGGCCGACGCAGACUGUCCUCGACUCGUUCUCAGCUUCAAGAUCCGCCCUCAGAGAUUGCUGGGUCGUGGUACUGGGAUACCACUCCUCCGACCGAAGAGAAUCUAGCUGCAGCCGCACACUUCUUCAAAAACCACAAGCCCUCGAGGACGUGGACUGGAACAGGCUGGAAAACGUCCGAACCCUGGCGGCGCUCCUCAAGACCCUCGCAACAAAACAUCCUAGUACCCGAAGUCAUCUUUGUCGGGCGAUCCAACGUUGGCAAAUCCACUUUGAUCAAUGCCCUCACUUCUUCGGAUCUUAAUCGAGUCGGUGCUACUCCUGGAAUGACCCAGGUCAUGGCCGCGUGGGCGUUGGCAGCAAGAGACGAAACUGGUGGCGCUAUAAAAGGGUGGGAUGGAGAUGUCAACCCGAAGCUCACUCUUGUGGAUAUGCCGGGGUAUGGUUUUGGCAGCAGGUCCGAAUGGGGUGCUCAGAUUGUGUCGUACCUGAACAACCGAAGGAAUCUGCGCAGAGCAUUUCUGCUCGUCGACAGUGGUCACGGUGUCAUGGCUGCCGACCGCCACAUGCUGGAGAUAUUUCACAAGCUCGGCAUCCCAUUCCAGGUUGUUGCCACAAAAUGUGAUCGAUUGAGCUCAAAGGUUGCAGAAGGGGACAUUCGCGAAGCGUUGACGAGGCUGCGCAGCCAAGCCACCUUCGAGGGCAACUCGGCGUUAAUGCUAGGCGAAAUGAUCGCCGUUGGGUCGCUCGAAGAUGUCUCGACAGCGAAGAGAGCGAAUGGAAAUGCCCUCGGCCUCAAGAAUCUGCAAUGGGCCAUUCUCAGGGCCGCAAACCUGGAGUGGUAUGCCAUGGACAAAGCUGCGGACCACAAAGUCAUCAGUAAAAGCGCCUCAACUCGCCCGAGUCCAAUCGGAGCAGAGAUAUCACAUUUACUUCAUGGUAAGGAGUCGGACUCUGAGCCUGCACAGUCGUCAGGAAGUGGAUCCACCGCACUUCCAAAUUUGAGUCUCCAGGAAUUCAUGCGCGAGAUAUUGGGCACUGGCUCAGAAGCAAGUGCUCCGGCCUCAACCGAACCGCAAGGACAGCGAGAGCCUCCGCGGGUUUUUGACUCUUUGAGGAAAUUCUCUGGCUCAAAAUCUGACAAGGUCGACUCGACCGCAUCCCUACACGAGCAACUUGAUUUCGUGUAUAAAGAGUUGAACUCUCGAGAUCGUGCAAAGCCUGCAAGCACAAACGCGCCUUCGAAGCGUAGAGCUACUCCACUUGAGUCUAUGGCCGAAUCAAUGUCUCCUCUUGGGUCUUCUUCUAGGAGGGCCCCUACACAAGUGCCUCCGCCACGCCAAAGCGUCUCGCAAGGCAUCGAUGCCUUUGAGAGCAUGUUCGCGGAACCACCUCAUUCACCCAGGUCGAAGAAACAACAGCAGUCCCGGACCCUACCCAAACGACACCAAAACCGAGCGGCCCCGGGAGGACCGUCGGAAUCAAACGCUUCGCAACCCCCACCAGGUUUCGUCGGCAAAGGGGUCUCGCAGGGCCUGGAUGCCUUUGAAGCCAUGUUCGCGGAACCGCCCAAGCCGUCCAAAUCGAACAAGAAACAGCAACAGCAACAGCCGCAAUCGAGACGCCGUCGUCAGAAAACCCGCAGUUCGGCAGCCAGCCAGGAGCAGUCCAACACGCAGCAGCCGCGCGAACCCCCUGCGCUGGUGGGCAAGGGGGUCACCCAAGGUUUGGAUGCUUUCGAGUCCAUGUUUACCGAACCCGUUUCACGCUCGGGAGGCGGGUCGACCUCGAAUCGGAAGAGGAGGAGGCAAUAG